AUGUUCGAGGGGAUAGCGCGUCACAACGACCACCAAGCUAAGCUGCCAAACAUCACCGACGUCGCCACCUUCCUCGCCAUGGUUUCCUCGUAUACCGACGAAUCUCUGGGGCUCGGUGUUACGCCCUUAGUUUGUGGCGACAAGCUGCUAGAUCACAAUGCCACGGCAACACAACAGAACACCAAUGAUCUUGUACAGUCGCUUGCCCGCGACAGGGCUCGGGCUCCGGCGCUCGCAAGCGAUGCUUUCCCCGCGCUGCAUUACCUGUGUCACCUGUGGCCGGUGCGAGCGGCAGAGCGAUACUCCGGAACAAACGAUACCGCCGCCCUUCAUGUACCUCGCCCUGGUCCCGCCCGACCUCAUCUCCAGAUCGUCAGCCACGAAGGUCCUCUCACGAGUUUCCGAGUUUGGGUGCCGCCGGGACACUGGGGUUCCGCGGAGUUCACCGGUGCAACCUUCGUGUUCCAGUCCGGCUUUGGCAUUCCCAUGCUUUCACACUCACAAUGCAUGACAGACGGCAUCGCGGAUUACCUUCGGAAUGGGACGGCUCCUCUCGACGGGUGGUGCGAUGGGGGCGACCGCCGUUCGGAAAUAUCUGCGGGCAUGGUUUCCCGCUACGAUGAAGAUAUGGCCGCGUCCAGCACCUGGCGCCGCUUCUUCGCUGGAAAAUCUGCGUUGGCGCUUUUGAUCCUGUCUGUGCUUGGGACGGCCGUGUUGGCAUUCAAAGUAUGGCGCAGCUUCUCACACGACCGCAAAGGCGCGGUCGAAGCGGUGCUGGGUAAGGUUUGGACGACGCAGAGCAAUACUUUGGAUGUUCAUCCUGUUGGAGGCGAGUCGGUGAUUCCUGAGAAGUUCUGA